UAUGGAAUUCGUUUUUCUUUUUUCUUUUCUUUUCCAGUUGUUUGAUUGUGCUUUCUGCGAUUUUUAGAAAGAGAUUUAUCCAUUUCCUCUUUAAGGACUUCUAUCAUCUUCGCAUAGUUGGUUUUACGGUCUUUUCCUUAUGCUUUCGCCUAUAUUGGAAUAUGCAGGACUUGCUGUGGGGGGAUAGUUUUGUUCCUUUGGUGACAUAUUUUCCUGGCUGUUAUUGAUUAUGUUCCUAAGCUGGUGUCUGGGCAUCUAGGUUUGGUGUGAUUAUAGGUCUAGCUGCUGAUUUCUGGGUUUGUCUUCUCUUAUAUUUUGGGCUGUGAGCCUAGCCGUUAACGGCUGAGCCAUCUUUCCAGCCUGGGUUUGCCUUCUUAGGGUGGGCAUUUUGUUUUUGAAUUUCUGUUUGUUCUCUGGAUUUUUAGACAGUUUGUUGGAUGAGUGUUGCCUUAUUUACUGAUCUAUUUUGGGGUGUUUUCAAGGGUCAGUGCUUGCUGGUUUUGGAAGUUGGGGGAAGAGGAAUCAAGGAAAAAAAAUGACCUUAGGAAUCAAUAGGACACUUGACAGAAGAGCGGUCAAGUGCCUCUUAUGUUCUAGACCAUUAGUAGCAGAAACAGAAAAGUGCAUCUAGGCUACUAGGUAAUGUGUUAGUUCUCUGGACAGCCUGCCUGGUUUUCGGGCAAGAGUGGCACGUGGUUGAGAAGAGGUGUGUGCCGAAGUUAGGGCUGGGACAUAGUUGAGGAGGGAAAAGGACAGUUAUGGAUGGUCUGUGGUCUUUACAGGAAGCAUGGGCACAGGGAGAGGAACUUCCCCCUGAGAAUUGUGUUCCAGUGCUAAGGUCAACUGUGAGAACUGGGUCUGAGGUAACAGACACUAGUGUAGGUCUUUGGACAGACUACCUAGUCUUCUGACAAGGAUGGCUUGUGGUUGAGCAGGGGCUGUCUGCCCAUAGUUGCAGUAUCAGAUACAGAGAUGGCGCAUGAAGAGAAGGGAAGAUGGGAAUGGUCUGUUGUAUCUCCAGGAGGCAUGGAAAGAGAAGAGGAAGCUGCUACACUAGGGACAAUAUGGAGUAUUUGGACUUAGGUAACUGAAAGUGGAGAAGGUCUGGCGGCAUCCUACCUGGUCCAGCAACCAACAUCUUAAUACUGAGGCACCAGGUUCUCAGGGUUCAUUUAUUUACUUCUAUACUUAGGGUUUUCAUAUUGUUCAUCUUUGAAAAUCUGUUUGCUUAUUGGAUAACAAGUACUAAGUGGGCUGGGCAGGUCAGUGAGCAGCUAUUCUUUUUAGGGUUGACGUGAGUUCAUAUACAAACAUUCAAACCCAAGUUCGGAGGCUCCUGCUCCUUUAGAUUAGGAUAUCUGACACCCUCUUCCCCUAUGUGUCACCUCUACAUCCGUGGAAGACUUUCAGUCUCACACACAAACACACAUUAAAAUGGGAAGAGAGUAUGUUUUCAAAUGUGCUUAUAACUUAUAAAGCAGUUACUACCAAAGAAACUGUUUGGUGUAUAGUACAAACCAUGCACUGUUUUUGAAAGAUCUUCUUUCUUGCAUUUGGUUUUUAAAAGUUUGCAUUUCCUCCCACUGGUGCAUAUUUGUAUUUAAUCAUAGGAAACAAAAUGACUUCUAAGUGAUCCUAACAGACAUCUUUUCCUUAUCAUGAAAAGGGCGAUACUUUUUAGUAGUACUUUUUAGUACUUUUUAGUUUUCUACAAUGUUGAAAUAUUUGUAUGCUUUAGGCAUAUCUCUCCAACUGGAAUAGCCCCCUAAUCCAUUUUCUAUUAUUGGCAAAGGAAACUAUCUCGGCCCACAGGGUGAGUGCUGGCCAGUGGUUUCUUUGAUUUUGACUGUAAUCCCACAUUUCUUAUUUGAGGGGCUGUCUAUAUUUAUUGCUUUGUCUGUCCUUUAAUUUAUUUUGUCUUCUGAAAAUUUAAUCUAUAGUGUCAUGAGUUUGUUGGUUUGGGGACUUUCUGUGGAAAAUCAAUUUUAGUUUUCUCUUCUUGAUCCUAAAGACUCACCUCUGUGCAUUUAUUGGCAUAUCUAUGUUUUCCAGUUGUAAUAAUCACCAGUGUUUGGGGUUUAAUAAAAUGAUUGGUGUGGGAAAGACAUUAGUUAAGUGUUACUAAAACUUUCUCAUAUAUUAUCGUCUCUGUGUCAUAAUCAUCUUCAGUUCUCAACAUUUCAGAGCAUCUAUUCACCUGAGGGAACCUCAGUUGAGGGUGUGUCCCUUCAGAGUGGCUGGUUAGUGUGUCUGUGAGAGGUUGUGUAGAUUGGUGACUGAUGAUUGAAGCCACUUCCACAGAGGGUGGCAAUCUCCCUAGGCAAGGGGAUCUGGGCAGGGUAAGAGAGCUAAUUAGCUGAGCACGAGACAGUGACCAAACAAGAGAGCAAGCCAGGAAACAGUGUAUGCCCAUAUUUUGGCCUGUAUUAUCUACCUUCCAUUUCUACCUUAUGCUCUCAAAAUGAUGUACUGUGAUCUGAAAGAAGCAUCAAGAAAAACUGUUCAUUUCCUGAGUAGCAAGUUAGAACAAAAAAAUGAUACACAAAAAACUGAUUUUAAUUCUGGACAGAACCUGUGAAUGUUUUCUUUUGAAGGAAUGUGGAAGACAUAAGGACUGAGAUGGCAAAGGCAUAGAAAGCUGUACACAGAUCUUCAUCUACUGUUCUUGUAGGACCUGGGUGUUGUGACCUAUGAUGAUGUGCAUGUGAACUUCACUCAGGAAGAGUGGGCUUUGCUGGAUCCUUCUCAGAAGAAUCUCUACAGAGAUGUGAUGCUGGAGACCUACAGGAAUCUCGCUGCUAUAGGCUACAGUUGGGAAGACCAUAAUCCUGAAGAACAUUUUCAAAGUUCUAGAAGACAUGGAAGGCAUGAAAAAAGUCAUAUUGAAGAGAAGCCCUCUGAAUUUACUCAAUGUGGUAAAGGCUUUGCAUAUCAUACCCAUCCUCAAGGGCAUCAACAAAUUCAUACUGGAGAGAAACCCUAUGAAUGUAAGCAAUGUGGUAAAUCGUUUGCAUGUCAGAGUGGUCUCCAACAGCAUAAAAAAACACAUCAUGGAGAGAAAUCUUAUGAAUGUAAACGAUGUGGUAAAGCCUUUGCAUGUCAAAGUGAUCUGCAACAGCAUAAAAGAACACAUACUGGAGAGAAAUCCUAUGAAUGUAACCAGUGUGAUAAAGCCUUUGCUCUUCGCUGUCAUCUUCGAAGGCAUCAAAGAAUUCAUACUGUAGAGAAACCCUAUAAAUGUAAUCAAUGUGGUAAAUUCUUUGCACAAAGCAACCAUUUUGUACGACAUAAAAGAACACAUACUGGAGAGAAACCCUAUGAAUGUAAUCAAUGUGAUAAAGCCUUUGCAUGUCAAACUAGUCUCCUGUAUCAUAAAAGAACACAUUCUGGAGAGAAACUCUAUGUCUGUAAUGAAUGUGGCAAAGCCUUUGUACUUCAAAGUUAUCUUCAGAUACAUAAAAGAACACAUACUGGAGAGAAACCCUUUGGAUGUGACCAGUGUGAUAAGGCAUUUGCACAAAACAGUCAUCUCCUAACACAUAAAAGAACACAUACUGGAGAGAAACCCUUUGGAUGUGACCAGUGUGAUAAGGCAUUUGCACAAAACAGUCAUCUCUUAACACAUAAAAGAACUCAUACUGGAGAGAAACCCUAUGAAUGUGAGCAAUGUGGCAAAGCCUUUGCAAGUAAUAGUAAUCUGCAAGUGCAUAAAAAAAUGCACACUGGAGAGAAACCCUAUGAAUGUAAGCAGUGUGGUAAAGCCUUUGGGUAUCAAAGUGGUCUGCAAAAGCAUAAACGAACACAUACUGGAGAGAAACCCUAUGAAUGUAAUCAGUGUGAUAAGGCAUUUGCAUGUCAAGCUAGUCUCCUGAAUCAUAAACGAUCACACACUGGUGAGAAGCCAUAUGAAUGUAGUGAAUGUGGUAAAGCCUUUGUACUUCCCCGUUAUCUUCAAAUACAUAAAAGGACACAUACUGGAGAGAAACCCUUUGAAUGUGACCAAUGUGAUAAAGCCUUUGCUCGAAACACUCUUCUCCUAAAACAUAAAAGAAUACAUACUGGACAGAAAGCCUAUGGAUGCAAGCAAUGUGGCAAAGCCUUUGCAAAUCACAGUAAUCUCCAAGUGCAUAAAAGAACACAUACUGGAGAGAAGCCCUACGAAUGUAAGCAGUGUGGUAAAGCCUUUGGGUGUCAAAGUGGUCUGCAAUAUCAUAAAAGAACACAACACAUACAGGAGAGAAACCCUAUGACUGUAAUCAAUGUGAUCUAGUCUUGGCAUGUCAGACAUCUUCAGAGCACUAAAGAAACAUUAUUGUAGAGAAACUCUGUGAAUAUAUUUAAUAUGGUGAAGCCUUUGUACAUUUCUGUCGUCUUCAUCUUUAUGUAAGAAAUCCAUACUGGAGGGAAAGUAUGAAUGUACACUACAUCAGAUCAAGCCUUUUCACAUUUUACAAGCCUUAGUCAUCAUGAAAUAAUUCAUACUGGGGCAUAUCCCGAGCUUUUGUCCCUACCGGCAAGAACACGCUCAGGACAACCGGAAUCUUUGUGGCAAAAGCUUUAUUGCUUACUUCUUCAGGAGCAAGAGGAGAAGAGGAGCGAAUGGCAAAACCCUGUCCCUUUUAUGGAGGAUUGUCCUCCACCUCGGACGUGUCGCUCCCUGAUUGGCUGCAGCCCAUCGACCCAGUUGUCAUCACGGGGAAGGCAGAGCACAUGGAGUGGAAAACUACCCCAGCACAUGCGCAGAUUUUUUGUUUACUACUUAGAACACAGGAUGUCGGCACCAUCUUGUAAUGGCGAAUGUGAGGGCGGCUCCUCACAGGGGCAAAACUUGAAUAUAUUUAAUAUGGUCAAACAUUUGAACAUUUCUGCCAUCUUCAUCAUCAUGAAAGUAUUUCUGCUGGAGAGAAACUCUAUGACUAUAACGGAUUUGGGAUAUGUAUAGCUGUCACACUAACAUUCAGUUUCACAAGCUUAGACAAAAAAAAAUGUGACAAGUGCCAACAACCCAUUCAAGCAUUAUGAUGUGAUGUGCCUCUUUCUUUUGUCUGCACUUGCAAACACAGUAAUCCUUGUUUAUUUUGUUUGCACUUAUAAUCAUAUUCCUUGACAAUUAUAUGAAAUAGCUCAUCCAGGUAUAACGAUUUUUAUUUUGAAAGAUUUUGAGUAGGUAUUGAAGGUUGCUAUGUGUCUUGCAAUAUAUAUAUUUACAAAAGUGCUUUUUAUGUUUCUGUAGUGAAACACUAUGUCUAAAGCAGCUUAUAAAAGAGGUUAACCUGGCUCAACCAAAAUAGUCAUAAGCAGCAGAUGGAGGGAGGGAGAUGGGAUGGAAUGGCGGCUUCAACAUCAGGUGUGGAGAGAACAGGAGAGAUGGCUAGAUGGUCACAAAUAUGAACGGAAAUCUGCAACUUAUGGGAGAGAAGGAAGGGGAAAUCUACAGGAAAAGGAAAAAAAAAAAACACUGGGAUAAAGGAGGUACCCAAGAAUCAGUGGGGGUUACCCUAGCUGUGAGUCCCGAAAUUGGGGUAUGGAACCUGGAGAGGCCAUCUCCUGUAGCCAGGCAGGAACCCCAGUGGAGCAAUAGAGACACCAACCCACCCUCAAAAGUUUCAACCCUAAAAUCCUGUCUACAAGAAAUGCAGGCAAAGGAGGUGGAGCAGAGACUUAGGGAAUGUCCAAACAGCUAACUGAGGGGAGUUCUAGAGAGUUAAGGGAAGGCACACCACAAUCUUGGGUGUUGCCCUACAUGGGAUUAGGUCCCUGGCUGAAUUAAAAGAAAAAAAAAAAAGGAACUAAAGUUAAAGGAAGCACAUCAUCAAUAUUCACUGGUAACAUAUGAACAUUUUAACAUCUUUGUUUCCUUCCUCUUUUCAUCUUUUCUGUAUUUCCUCCAUCAUUACCUGUUGCCAUUUUUUACUUCCAUUCUCUCUUCUUCCUUCCUUCUUUCUUCCUUCCUCUCUUUCUUUCUUUUUCUUCCUUCCUCUCUUUCUUUCUUUUUUUUUCUUCCUUUCUUUUUCAUUCUUUCCUGUCUUCAUUUACUUUUGGUUUGUACUGUAGCUAAGGAUGACCUUGAAUGUCUGAUCUUCUCCUCGCUCCCUGCUCUUAGGAUGACAGGCAUGUCAUAUUUCUUUGUUUCUUGCCAGCUGUUUGCUCACAGCAACAACAAAAUAAAGUAAAUAUACACAGCUGUGCUGAGCUCUGCUCUUAUUAUACCUUCCAGGUUUAUUGCAGAUCCUCAAGUGGUUGAAAGUAGGCACAUACUUUAAAGCCUGGAUCUUCUACAUCUGGUUCUGCCCAGUUCUCUUCUGCUUCUAGUCAGGCAUCCACCUUCCUGGGGUUGUCCCUCCCAAUAUAUCUCUUGUGUUAGGUUUGUUGUGUGAUGUGACUUUGAGGCAUUUCUUGGUUGUCUGUUGCCAGGUGUACUGCCUGGUUUUGUGUGUCAACUGGACACAAGGUGGAGUUAUCACAAAGAAAGGAGCCUCAGAUGAGGAAAUGCCUCCAUGAGAUCCAGCUGUGGGGCAUUUCAUCAAUUAGUGAUCAAGUGGGGAGGGCCCAUUGUGGGUGGUGCUAUCCCUGGUUCUAGUAGUCUUGGGUUCUAUAAGAGCAAGCCAGGCAAACCAGGUGAAGCAAGCCAAUAAAGAACAUCCCUCCACAGCCUCUGCAUCAGCUCCUGCUUCCUGACCUGCUUAGUUCUAGUCCUGACUUCCUUUGGUGAUGAACAGCAUCAUGGAAGUGUAAGCUGAAUAAACCCUUUCCUCCCCAACUUGCUUCUUAGUCACGAUGUUUUGUGCAGGAAUAGAAAUCCUGACCAAGACAUUGUUGGUACCAGCAUAGUGGGGCAUUCCUAUGACAACCUGACCAUAUUUGGGGAAGGAGUGUAGAAGGACUUUGGAACUUUGCACUAGAAGAGCCAUUGGGAUGCUAAGAACUCUGUGGAAAGUUCUGUGGGAGCUUGGAAGAUAACCUUGAGAACAGUGCAGAAGAUGGGGACCUGGCUUGUGAAAUUACUGAGGGAAGAUUAAAGUCUCUUAUGGAUUGUUGCUGUUUUGAUUGUGAAGAUUCUGUGGUUCUGGUUAUCUGGGACUGAAGAAUCAGCUGUGAUAAACAAGAUACCAGAACUACUAAAUUGAAAACUUUACAUUACUGGGACUAUUGAUGCUGGUUAGCUUCAGCCAAGAAAUUAGUGAUGAUUAGGAAGAGACCAGCAUCAUUGAGGUAAAAACUUCUGGAAAGUGUUUUCGCAGAGCACAAAGAGGCUGUGUUCCAGAUAGAGCCAAGGUUGUUCUACCUACUGCUGCAGCUGGACAUGGUAAUGUGUAAGAAUCACUCAGGUGGUAAUAGGUUUUGAAGGGGUCAUGAAGAGCAGCUGAGACUCAGCACUGUGAGGCCAUGGAAGGCCAUUGGUGUAGGUGCAGCCUCAGUUGCAAUUGAUGGCCCAGAACUGAAGGGUCAUGCAAAGGAGUUGAAUCUUGGAACCGUGAAGAGCUCCUAUAAGAGGCUUUUGGUAAAGCCUAGUUGCAGCUGAAGACAACAGUGUUUUGGAGAUGCCAAUACCAUGAGAUGACCACCAAGAACAGCAGCAGCAUUGGAGUACAGGCAGCUGGAACCUAAAAGACAAGGUGUGUGCUACAAAGGUCAGAACUGGAGAUGUGACCCAAGCCCUUGGAGGAGCCUAGAAGAUUCUGAGUGCAUCUCAGACACUGGAUGGUUGGAGUUUGAUUUUAUUUUUUAUAGUGACUGUGCCCUGAUAUUUUUUCCUCUUGAAGGAAGAAGGUAUUUCAGUGGAACCCAUAGUUAAGAGACUUGGAAUUUUUAAGACUUUGAAUUUUAAAAGAUAUUGGAUAUUUUUAAGGGAUUGUUCUUUUUAAUAUGUAAAGACUGUAGGACUUUUAAAGUUAUUUAUAUCUUGAGGAUGAAUAAGAAAGUAAAGGUUGAGGCUUAAUAGUGAUGUGUUUGUGUUUCAAGUUGACAAGGGAUCAGUUGUACUGGCUGAUUUUGUGUGUCAAUUUGACACAAGCUGGAGUUAUCAAAGAGAAAGGAGCUUCAGUUGGGGAAGUGGCUCCAUGAGAUCCAGCUGUGGGGCAAUUUCUUAAUUAGUGAUGAAAAGGGGAGGGCCCCUUGUGGGUGGUACCAUCUCUGGGCUAGUAAUAUUGGGUUCUAUAAGAAAGCAAGCUGAGAAAGCCAGAGGAAGCAGGCCAAUAAGUAACAUCCCUCCAUAGCCUCUUCAUCAGCUCUUGCUUCCUGACCUGCUUAGUUCUAGUUAGGUUAGUGUCUAUAUUGCUCCUUACCUAUCAUGUAGAGCCAACAUAGCAUUGAUGUAUGUCUCUGCCUUAGGUCAAUAGGAGCUCAAGAACACUCUUAAUUGUCUUCCUGUCUCUGGCUAACUGGUCUUCUAUAGCACUCUUUUCAAAUAAGACCAGAUCCAUGAAUGACAUUUCAGAGCUGCUUAUACAGUAAAUGCAUUUCUUCAUAGUGAUUAAUAACUGCCAUGGUGAAUAGCUGAGCUUGCUGAAAGCAAUCCUGUAUCAAGGCAUCUGAUCUGUUUAAAAUACAAGAUCCAAAAGUUAAAAGCAUCAAAAUAAAUUAUAAUAAAUUGUCCAAGCAGUGUAGAAAUGAAAGUUGUAAGCCAUGGGGAAGUGGAGAACCAGGAUUCAAACCAUUCCUGAUUCUGUUCUUUUUUAAUUUUCCUUUUGGCCAGACCUUCUCAAACUUUAGCCAUAGAAUCCUUUACUACUCCUGAAUGAUCGAUGUAAAAGCAACAUGCUUCAUGGAGGUCUGCACAUAGUCCUCCCUAUUGAAGGAAUAAAAUAUCAAAUCCUCUAGUGUUUGGAAGGAGAACUUCAGAGAAGGAGAUUAGAUUCUCUUGCAAAUGGGAAAUAGAAGUGUCUAUCCUGUCUUUUCUAUAGCUGUAUCUAUUGCAGUUCUAAUAAGUGCAUGGCUUUUUCCUUACAAAACUAGGGCAGAAGCACCAGUAGCUGUUCCUCCCACACUGAGGCCCAGUAGUACUGAAAUAGUUAAUGCUGUAGCAAGCUCUCUCUCGGGUGAGAGAAGCCUCCAUCCCAGUGAUCCAAGACCUUGUCAUAAGAAUGAUAAGUGAGCCUAGGAGUAAGUUGAUCCAACACACAAAAGUCUUUGGAGCUUUCAAACGCUUGUAUGUGAAUGCAGGGGUUACGACCUGUGGAAUAAACCCACCAUCCCGCCUUUGGAGGAAUAAAAUAGAAUGAAGAGGUAGAAACAGUAAGCAUUUGAUUGCAUAAGCUCUCUUUUACCUUUAUGAAUUUUCACUAUGCAGGUACCUAGUCCAGAAACAUGUAGAGAAAAGACCUAUGCCAGAUUUCUGAUUCCAUCAACAAUCAGAAAAGCUAUUAGAGUAAGAAACAUUGCUGGAUAAUAAAGCAUUACCUUCUUAAAAAGGAGGGGCUAUAUCAUAGCAAAAUCAAUAUGAGUGAGUGACAUUAGGAUAAGUAUCAUUAAGCACAUGAAACAUGCCCACAAUUAAUUCUGUAAGGGGAGUCGCAAAUGUAGGAAAGGUAGUAGUGGCAACUAUACAACUACGAGGGAUACCAGACACUGGAGAAGAAAAUGGGGAAGCAGUAUUCCUAUUAUCAGCAGUAUUCUUUUUAUCUUUAUCAUUCCUCUUUUAAGGCUUAUUUAUAUGAUCUUAUUAGGUCCUAAUGAAAAACAGAUAGGUUCAGUUUUAAUCUUAAUGGUAAAGAAUAAUCCAUCAUCAUAACCGGUUUUAGAUAAUCUAAGUCUCCAAGUCCUUCCUUUAAGCCAGUCUUCUCUAACCUUUUUGCCAGACUCAGUGAAUUUCACUAUAGUGAGAUUACAAGAAGAGAUGAUGCAAGAUCCUACUCCUGUCCAGGACCCAGACAAUAAAACUGAGGCACAACUAAGGCUAUAACAAUAAUAAUGGUCAGUACCUUUAUAACUAGAACUAGACAGGCCAGAUCCUGUUCAAUUCCUUGCUACUAUAAUUAAAUCUUCUUGGGCCUUCCAAUAAACUUUUCCUGUGGUCUCACAUCCCCAGGCAGGACAGAAAAAUCCUCUGCACCUCCAGAAUUAUGAGCCUGGGAUCUAGUCCUUCCAUCCAGGGGGACAUACAUAAAAAAGAUAAGUGCAUAGAUUGACUCUAAGCACCAAAUGUCCACAUCUCAAAUUUCCAUCUAAACCUCCAUUUGGGCAAGACUUUGGGGAGCAGGACUCUUUUCCAUCACAAUCAGGUAGACCCCUAUGGGGUAAUUGGUUAGGUAUGUCCUAAGAAACUAGGCCUGCUAUGAAUUGAAAGAGAUCAAAAUGAAGGUCAGGCCACCAUUUAGAGACUGAAAAACAUAUAGUACUGCUGUUAAGCUGAGCAGAGAGCCCAGCAGUCUCUAUGACUACCUCUUGAUUAGUUAUGAUAUAUCCUGCACGUACUUUAGAGGAGCCUUCAGUAAAAAUUAAAAGAACAUUAUGUAGAGGCUGUAAAGAUGUCAUACUAGAAAAUAAAACCUUAUGUACAUUUAAAAUUUUUAUCAACCUAUAUAGAGGGUAAUGAUUGUCUAUAAUGCCUUUAAAUCCUAUUUGAGCAAGCAACAAAUCUGUACUAUGCUGUUUUAGCCAAAUAUUUUGGUCCACAUUAACAGGCUGAAUAAUGAUGUCUGGUUCUUUGUCAAAAUAAACCAGUGUCUGUUUUCUUCGAAGUAUUAUCAUAUGAGCCACUGCGUCAUAAUAUCCAAGUAAGAGGAGCUUUUUGCCACAAUAAUUCUGUAGGUGUAUGAGUCAUUAUAAAAAUCAGCAGAUAUAAAGGCAAAGAAUAAUUUAUAUAAGUAACAAAUUGUUUUUAAUAGCUCAUUCUACUCUUUGUGAAAUCAAUAAUCCAUCCAAUGUUAAAGUUCAAGGGAAGAUAAGACCAGUACUCCCUUUAAGAAUAUCAAAUAGGGAGCUGAGACAAGAGGAUGGACCAUCUAGAGACUGCCAUAUCCAGGGAUCCAUCCCAUAAUCAGCCUAAAAACGAUGACACCAUUGCAUACACUAGCAAGACUUUGCUGAAUGGACCCUGAUAUAGCUGUCUCUUGUGAGACUAGGCCAGGGCCUAGCAAACACAGAAGUGGAUGCUCACAGUCAGCUAUUGGAUGGAUCACAGGACCCCCAAUGGAGGAGCUAGAGAAAGUAACCAAGGAGCUAAAGGGAUCUGCAACCCUAUAGGUGAAACAACAAUAUGUACCCCCCCGGAGCUUGUGUCUCUAGCUGCAUAUAUAUCAGAAGAUGGCCUAGUCGCCCAUCAGUGAAAAGAGAGGCCCAUUGGUCGUGCAAACUUUAUAUGCCUCAGUACAGGGGAACGCCAGGGCCAAGAAGUGGGAGUGGGUGGGUGGGGGAGUCAGUGGGGGAGCGUGUGGGGGACUUUUGGGAUAGCAUUGGAAAUGUAAAUGAAAUAAAUACCUAAUUAAAAAAAUUACCAGAAAACAGUGUUUAUUAGGACUAGCAUUGCUGCAGACACUCAAACAAACUCCAUAACACUUCUCAUCAGCUCUUCCUCAGUGGUGUGUUCCACAAAGAUAUAUGUCAUGCUAAGUGUCACUACCCUGGAUGGAUUGUGUAAUAUCUGUGUCUUCCCAUGACUUCAUGAUCUCAACUCAGAUAUAAUGAAGGUAGUCUUCAACACCUCUGAUAAGUUUUACAAUUAAAGUUUAUUUUGUAUAAAGUGAAAGGUAUUAUCUAGUUUCAUCCUUCUGCAUGGACAGAACCAUUAGUCUUUCUUCCAAUGCAUGUCUUUGUCUUCUUUGUAGCAAUUUAAGGGAUCGUGAUUUUCUUGUUCGGCUUUGGGAUCCUCUUUCCUAUUCUCUUGGUUCAUCUGUCGAUUUUGUUAGUACAGUACCAGGCGGUCUUUAUCAUUACAUCUUAUGUAAAAUUUGAGAUUGGGUAUUGUAAUAUUUAUGCAAUAUUUUUACAACUAUGAUUGUCUUGGCUAUUUGUGGUCUUUUGUAGCUCAAUAUAAAUUCUUAUUAGUUUUUUUGUAAGUCUUUGAGAUAUGAAUUCCACAGCUCAUGGAGAGAAAUAGACUGGGUUUUUUUGUUUGUUUUCUUUUCAGCUUUUAUUUUUUAUUUAUUUAUUUAUUUUACUUAUUCAAGUCACAUCCUCAUCUCCCCAUCCCACAAUCCUUACCUCCAUCCCUCGAUUCCCUUCUCCUCUGAGUAGGUGGGGGCCCCCUGGGUAUCUCCCCACCCUGGCACUUCAAAUCUCUGUGUAGGUACAUCCUGUUCCAUUGAGGCCAAACAAGGCAGCCCAUCAAGAACAUAACCCACAUACAGGUGACAGUUUUGGGGAGGGCCCCCUUUCCAAUUGUUCAGGACGAGCUGCUACAUAUGUGCAGGGAAGCCUAGGUCCAGCCCGUGUAUGUUCUUUGGUUGGUUGUUCAGACUCUGAGAACCCCCAAAAGGGUCCAGGCUAGUUGACUCUCCUUAUCUUCCUAUGGAGUUCCUAUCCCCUUUGGGGCCUGCAAUCCUUCCUCCUAUUUUUCCAUAAGGGUCUCCAAGCUCCAUCCACUCUUUGGUUGUGGGUGUAUGUAUCUGAGUCAGCUGCUGGGCAGAGCCUCUCAGAGAACAAUAUGUUCCUGUCUGCAAGAGUAACAGAGUAUCAUUAAUACUGUCAGGGAUUGGUGCUUGCCCAUGAUGGGUCUCAAGUUGGGCCAGUUAUUUGUUGGCCAUUCCCUCAGUCUCUGCUAACAGAAAGCAGCUACACCUGGUUAUACUCAGAAAAUAGACUCUGAGUCAUGCAGAGGCAGUAAUUCAGCUAAACUUUUAUCUUGCACAUACAAGGGCAAGUCUCUGGUUUCUGUUGUUUUGUGAUGAUUCAGGUCAUUUACCAUUACCAGACUGCCAUGAGAAUGCAAAUAAUCAUGGCCACCACCAUCCUGGUCCACAACUCCUAGAAUGGAGCUAUUAGAAUAUCCACUCUCUGUGGUGUCUGUGUAUAGCCAGAUAGAUCUAUUUUCUGUUACCAGCUUCUUCCUGCUAUGACUGCCUGUAACCCAGGCAGACUGUGGUACAGACAGGUUUUCAUUCUCCCUUUUCCUCCACCUAUGAUUGACAGCACCUGAGUCAAAGUCCCUGCAUUGUGCCCUGUUGUGCUCCUUUUCCAAUUGGUACGUAGAAUGACAGCUCUCUCAUUCAAAUCAGGUCAUCAUGUUUACUUGAAUAGCAAAUCUAUGUGGUUUAUGUUGAUCAGCUGCUUCUGUAUAACUCUGGCCAGUUGACAUAUGCUAAGUAGAAGACACCAAUGUGACAACAAUACACCAGUAAGUUCUGGGCAGUGGUAUCCUUUACAAUUAUUUUCCAAGGUAAAUCUUUUACAUAUGUUUUUAAUUAGAUAUUUUCUUUAUUAACAUUUCCAAUGUUAUCCCCUUUCCUGGUUUCCCCUCCGAAAACCCCCUAUACCCUCCCUACUCUCCCAGCUCACCCACCCACCAACUCCUGCUUCCUGGCCCUGGCAUUCCCCUACACUGGAGCAUAGAACCUUCACAGGACCAAGGUCCUCUCCUCCCAUUAACGACCGACUAGGCCAUCCUCUGCUACAUAUGCAGCUAGAGCCAUGAGUCCCUCCAUGUGUUUUCUUUGAUUGGUGGUUUAGUCCCAGGGAGCUCUGGGGGUACUUGUGAGUUCAUAUUGUUGUUCCUCCUGCGGGGCUCCUUCAGCUCCUUGGGUACCUUCUCUAGCUCCUUCACAGGGGACCCUGCUUUCACAUGUGUUUUAACAAUGCUUCGCCUAAGAGAUCUCUUGUCUUCUGUUUCUGAGUGAAUGAACCCUUGCAUCCUCUGCUGCCCUUGCUUCAGGUACUCCCUUUCACAUUCCCUUGUAAGCAUUCUUAACCAGGUAUGACUAGACUUCCGAACCUCAUGUAUCCUGUCUGUAAAAGCACGACUCCUGAUGCCAUUGACGGAAAUCAUCAAGCGUGCAAGAGUCCACAAUUAGCAUACAGAAGUCGAGGACCAUUUGGAGGAAUCCCUUCUUUUCUUCCACCAAGUGAGCUCCAAGGUUGAACUCAAAUCGCCAGGCUUGGUGGCAAGUGACUUUACCUUUCAGCCUGUGAGCAGGACAUCUGAUUAAACUUAUUAACUUUUUUUUUAAUUGUUCUGAACAUUAACAAUCAGAUCAGAAUAUAUCAAGCAACUUCUGGAUUCUCUAAUUUUACUUUUGAAAUUUUUGAGAUACAAAUUCCAUUAACAAAAGGAAAAUUGGAUCAAGUAUUUAAAUUUCCUAUGAUAUCCAUAACUGUUAAAGACCCACCAAUUGUAAGGUAAAAAUAUGUCCAUUUCUACAUUCCCAUUUUAUGUGUGAUUAGAUCACAUUCAGAGAAGUUAGUGUGAAUGUUAAAGAUAACAUUUGAAUUUUAACACAGAUAUAUGACUUUUAUAAAUGAUUUCUGUUCCUUA